GCCGGAGCCCCAGCCCGGCCCUACUCGGGCCGCCGGGCGCGGGGCUGCGGCCGCGUCCCGGAGCCGCCGCCAGCACAGCCAGGUGCUGUUGGGAACACAGAGGAAGUGACUGACUGGGGGUUCAGGGAAAGCUCCGUAGAAGAGGGAACACUUGAGCUGGGUCUUGAAGGAUGAGUAGAAGUUCACCAAGUGGGAAAGGACACUCUAGGAUGGCCGAGCCUCGAUUUAACAACCCCUACUUCUGGCCCCCUCCUCCAACCAUGCCCAGCCAGCUGGACAACCUGGUCCUGAUUAACAAGAUCAAGGAGCAGCUGAUGGCGGAGAAGAUCCGGCCGCCUCACCUGCCGCCCACGUCGGCCUCGUCGCAGCAGCCGCUCCUCGUGCCGCCGGCGCCUGCCGACAGCAGCCAGGCCGUCAUGUCGCUGCCCAAGCUGCAGCAGGUGCCGGGGCUGCACCCGCAGGCCGUGCCGCAGCCUGACGUGGCGCUGCACGCGCGGCCGGCCACCAGCACGGUCACAGGUCUGGGGCUCUCCUCCCGGACCCCGGCUGUGAGCACGUCUGAGUCGAGUGCGGGCACGGGUACCAGCACCCCAUCCACACCGACCACCACCAGCCAGAGCCGCCUCAUCGCCUCGUCCCCCACCCUCAUCUCAGGGAUCACCAGCCCCCCCCUCCUGGACUCCAUCAAGACAAUCCAGGGCCACGGCCUGCUUGGCCCCCCCAAGUCCGAGCGCGGCCGAAAAAAGAUCAAAGCGGAGAAUCCAGGGGGGCCGCCUGUCCUCGUAGUCCCCUACCCCAUCCUGGCCUCGGGCGAGACUGCCAAGGAGGGCAAGACAUACAGGUGUAAGGUAUGCCCGCUGACCUUUUUCACCAAGUCUGAGAUGCAGAUCCACUCCAAGUCGCACACAGAGGCCAAGCCCCACAAGUGCCCGCACUGCUCCAAAUCCUUUGCCAAUGCCUCCUACCUGGCCCAGCACCUGCGCAUCCACCUGGGCGUCAAGCCCUACCACUGCUCCUACUGUGAUAAGUCCUUCCGACAGCUCUCCCACCUCCAACAGCAUACCAGAAUCCACACAGGCGACAGACCCUACAAGUGCCCACAUCCUGGCUGCGAAAAGGCUUUCACUCAGCUCUCCAACCUCCAGUCUCACCAGCGCCAGCACAACAAGGACAAGCCCUACAAGUGUCCCAACUGCUACCGGGCCUACUCGGACUCCGCCUCCCUGCAGAUCCACCUCUCGGCCCAUGCCAUCAAGCAUGCCAAGGCCUACUGCUGCAGCAUGUGCGGGCGGGCCUACACCUCGGAGACCUACCUGAUGAAGCACAUGUCCAAACACACGGUGGUGGAGCACCUGGUGAGCCAUCACUCGCCCCAGAGGACGGAGUCCCCCGGCAUCCCGGUGCGAAUUUCCCUCAUCUGAGCCGACGCAAGGCGCCGCCCCGCCCUGCCCACUGGCAGACACAGACCCAGGCAGCACCAGGCCCCGACUCCCUCCAGGGGCCCUCCAGGAACAGCCGAGCUCUCUCACGACCUUCCUGACCUUCCAGAAAGCCUGGGCCGCAGAAGCCCUGCCCGGUCCAGCUCCGGAGGCGGCCAGGCCAACUGCAAGAUUCUGGACUGUUUUGGUGGCAUCCAAAGACGAUCUCAGAGCACUUUGAACCUCUCUGCUGGGUUUUCCUUUUGUUCCCCACCCUUCACUUGCUUCACUGUUCUUUUUAUUUUUUUUUUUUUUAAGUUUGUUUUGGAAAUAACAAAAAAGAUAUUUAUUGGCCAAGAAGUUGGUGCUGCUAAGACCGAGAAAUUAAAAGAACCGGACAGAUGGACACAGAGAACCAGAGGGCAGCGUGGGACCUUAUCUUGCCACGGCCUCAGGUCUUGAGGGGAAGGCUCAAGCCUGGGUUUCUGGACUGCAAAGGGGGCCCCCAGGUGGGAGGGGCAGGAGGCAGCUGGAGUGAGCCGCUUGCCCCUGGGUGCCAGCUCAAGCCUCCAGAGCUGCGCCCUGGGCAUCACUGAGCAGAGGGAUGUGGCAGCUACCAGGGCUACCCAGUCUUCAGGAGACGCAAUGAGAGGGGCCGGGAGGUCCACAGGACCAAAGGGUGCAGUGUUGGCUGGGCUGGGUGCAGGCCCAGGGAAACGGGGUGGGGUGGGCUGGGUAAGACCUGGCACCCCUGCUGCCCUGAAGACCACCCCAGUCUACCUCGGUGCUGGCCAAGAAACCUAUUGGCUACCUCUCCCACCAUCCCAGACUGUGGGCAGGGGGAGGGAGUGGGCCUGGGGCAAGGACCCCCCUCUCCAGAAUUUCCUCCAGAUGGGGCAGUGCCCAAGGAGGGGUUAUUUGUCUUCCCUGCCAUGGAGGGGAAUCCCCAGCCCAGGCCCUAAGCCCCUGGGCAGGGAAGGGAUCCUCGGGGAGGAGGGUCCCGGGAGCAGACCCUGCCCUCAGCUCCCACAGACACACCCCAAUCUGAAAGCCAUGCGUGUCCGUGUAUAUAGGAACCAUGUACAGAGCCCGGAGAAGCCCCCCUACAUCCCCUGGGGAAAAAAAAAAGAAAACUAGACAGAAACUCAUCUAUAUAUUCUGUAUCUGGAGUUCCGUUUUGAAUAUUAACUGUGUUAUUUUUAUACACUUUUUAAGCCUUAACUCGCCAUUGAUUUACCAGUUUAACGUCUCCUGGGGUUUCUUUUCCCACGGGGUUCUCUGCCCCGCCCCCACCCCUUUGUUUGACUGGCGUCGUCUGAUACUCAGUAUUGUAGCUUUUUGUCCGCAUGUUACUACCCUGUAAAUACGCUGUUAUACAUACUGUUAACACCCCUUUGCUUUUUUCUAUGGGACCUCCAGGCCACCAUAUUUAGAACUAGUUACCUUAUUAAAAAAGAGAAAACAGUCUGUUGGCUUCUCAGUCUGCAUCGUGGUGGCAGGGAGGUGAGGGCAGGUGCCCCUCAAGGCUUCAGGAACGAAGUGUGCGUUAUAUUGAAGGAAAGGGGUGGGGAGCAAAAAAAGUCAAACGUGGGGGAACACACUAAAGGGGGCAAGAAACAAAGGAAUUCCAAACCCUCUGCUCUUUGUAUUUCUCUGUUGUGAAGAAUAAACUGUACCUGCAGCCGG